UUGACAACCGAGAUUCAGUUAAAUGACGGUCAAACUUCCACAAACCGAGAAGUAUUUCAAGAUAGAAGCAAUGUCACUUCUGCCCAAACAUCAGACACAGUAGCUGCACAAACCGCUGAUAAUGCUGCGACUUUUAGCCGGGAGGUUGUUGAUGACUCUUUGCCGGAGUGUUCCCACUGGAGUCCCAGGCUAGUUAAUCAGGAAUCAGCACCGUAUCAAACUAAAGACCAACCGGAGACAUCACAAGCAGAACAAAAUGAAUCCGACCAGCAGACGCACUCUUUCAAACCAACUGAAAACUCCGUUUGUCAGGAACCAGAGACAUCACAACCAGCUAAUGUGUGCCCACAUGCGAUAACAACGACAGUAGCUUUUUUGACUUCUCCAAAACAACUCUUACCACUUUCACUUACUAAAAAAUCUUCUCGUGUUACCAAAAAGCGUAGAAAAACAGCAAUUAUCACCGUCGUCUCCCUACAAAUAAGAAUUAAAGUCAUCUCCCAGAAAAAAAGAUGA